GUUGUGACGCAGAAUUAAAUCAAUUUCACCGUGACUUCAACCUGUCUGCAGUUGUUACAGAAAAGUGGACACACUUGCUAUGAGUCAGUGUGAGCACAGAGAGGAGGGAGUCCCUUCCUCUAAAAGCACUCUGUUCGGGGAACAUGACACACCUGGACCUGGACCUGAACCUGAACAUGAACCUGGACCUGGACCUGAACCUGACCCCAGCUGUGUGUCCAUGAAGAGUGAUGAGUCCAUGAAGAAUCCUCUUGUUUUUAGACAACAUGCUGAUGGAAGGCUCCAGCAGCCAGACUGUCCUGAACCCAGCUGUCUGUCCUUCAAGAGUGACAGGUCAAAGAUAGAUAUGAUUGAGUUUAAAGGAGUCCCUCCGUCGGCUGAUCAGAGAGUGGACCAGGAGAGCUCAGAGGUUCCCAGUGGUCAGUCUGCCCAGCAGCAUCAAACACACCUGGACUCCAUAUUUAUGCUGCUGGAGGACAACAUUGUCACUUUUGUGAAGAACGAGCUGAAGAAGAUCCAGAAGGUUCUGAGUUCAGAUUACCAAGAAUGCUUAGAGAGUCAGAGGGAGAAUGAGGAGGUGUUGGACAGCGAGGAUGAAGAGCACAGGAAGAGCAGCAGAGAGGCAUUUCUGAAGAUCACACUGCACUUCCUGAGGAGAAUGAAGCAGGAGGAGCUGGCUGGCCAUCUGCAGAGCAGACAUCCACUUUGUUUCCAGCGUGAACUUAAAUCCAACUUGAAGAAGAAGUUCCAGUGUGUGUUUGAGGGGAUUGCUAAAGCAGGAAACCCAACCGUUCUGAACCAGAUCUACACAGAGCUCUACAACACAGAGGGAGGGACAGCAGAGGUCAAUGAUGAACAUGAGGUCAGACAGAUUGAAACAGCAUCCAGAAAACCAAACAGACCAGAAACAACAAUCAGACAAGAAGACAUCUUUAAACCCUCACCUGGAAGAGAUAAACCAAUCAGAACAGUGAUGACAAAGGGAGUGGCUGGCAUUGGGAAAACAGUUUUAACACAGAAGUUCACUCUGGACUGGGCUGAAGACAAAGCCAACCAAGACAUACAGUUCACAUUUCCAUUCACUUUCAGAGAGCUGAAUGUGCUGAAAGAGAAAAAAGUUCAGCUUGGUGGAACUUGUUCAUCACUUCUUUACUGAAACCAAAGAAGCAGGAAUCUACAGGUUUGAAGAGUUCCAGGUUGUGUUCAUCUUUGACGGUCUGGAUGAAUGUCGACCUCCUCUGGACUUCAACAACACUGAGAUCCUGACUGAUGUUACAAAGUCCACCUCAGUGCAUGUGCUGCUGACAAACCUCAUCAGGGGAAAACUGCUUCCCUCUGCUCGUCUCUGGAUAACCACACGACCUGCAGCAGCCAAUCAGAUCCCUCCUGAGUGUGUUGACAU